AUGCCGGCAGAUACAACACCAUCGAGCAGCAGAACUGGCAACAUAGUGACGUUGAAGACAACCGGAAGAGAAGGGACAGUCUCUCUUCAUUACCCGCUGCUCACGAAGAGCAACUACUCCGCAUGGGCGCUCAAGAUGAAGGUGUAUAUACGUGCACAAGGCGUAUGGGACGCCAUUGAGCCCACUGACCCCAAUGAUGAGGUAGAGACGCGGAAAGAUCAGAUGGCUCUUGCUGCCAUCUAUCAAGCCAUCAGUGAGGAAACACUUCUCGUGUUGGCUGAGAAGGAGACGACCAAGGAGGCAUGGGAGAUGUUGAAGACAAUGCACAUGGGCGCUGAGCGCGUCAAGGAGGCAAAAAUUCAGACUUUGAGAAGUGAGUUUGAGGGUCUUCGCAUGCGUGAAGCGGAGAUAGUGGAUGAUUUUACUGCAAAGCUGACCACAAUUGUCAACAAGAUUCGUGCAUUGGGCAACAAAGUAGAUGAGGCCUAUGUCGUAAAGAAACUCCUUCGUGUUGUGAUUGCAUCCACAAUUGAGCAAUUUGCGAAGUGGAAAGGGAAAGAAGCAAACGGAGAUAGAGAAAGCUCCUCAGGUUCAUCUAAAGGACGAAGAGCUGGUGCCAGUUGUGAUCGCGGACGAGGGUGUGGCCGCAACUAUGGUCGUGGUCAUAAUCGAGGUGGUCGAGGAAAUGAUUCAAAUUAUCGUGAGAGGAGAUUUGACAAGACUAAGGUGAAAUGCUACAAUUGUCAAAAUUUUGGACAUUUUGCCUCGGAAUGUCGAACUAAAGAGAAGGGUGAGAAAGUUCACUUUGUGGAGGCACAAGAGGAUGAUGAUAAACCAGCUCUCUUGGCGAUGGAAGUUUGUGAGUGUGAGAAUGAUAGGUAG